CGAGGAUCAUCUGCAAACCAGCUCUUCUUGGCCUUUUCAGCUGUCUUUUCAUCAUGGCCUCGGAGGCCUCCGCGCCUAGUAUGGCAUCCAAACCGAAGAUUGACCUUUCCAAGAAGCUUUCUGAGCUCCGAGCGAGCAGGACCAAAUCGAGCACAGCACCCUCGAAAGAGCCCGCACCUGUCACCCCGCCUCUACCCAACCCUCCCGACCUCACAUCCCACCAGUAUAUUCGGCCAGUCCGCCGUAUUCUGUCACGAGAAGAUCACGAACUUUUUCUCUCUUCUCGCGCAUAUAAACUAAUACUUGGCUUUGUUUUCGGCCUUUCCGAUUCUGUCCGAGGACGGGCAACGACCGACGUCGGCAAACCUUCUCCCACCGUCACCAAAGUACAAUCUCUCGUCGAUCAAAUACGCUCGCUCCUUGACAAACACCCUUCCCUUGAUCAGGGUGGCUCACGAUUUGGCAACCCGGCCUUUCGCGACUUGUUCGAUGAUGUUGCAAUACAAAGUGCGGCAUGGCAUAGAGACAUGCUCGGGUUUGAGGCUCCGGCACUUAUAGAGGAGGCAUCUACAUACCUUAUAAACUCUUUAGGGUCGCGGGAUCGACUCGACUACGGAUCAGGUCAUGAGUUGAACUUCAUGAUGUGGCUACUAUGUCUUCGCCAGGUUCACAUGUUCUCAAAGAGCGACUUCCCUGCCAUCGUCUUCCACGUAUACGUGAGCUACAUGCGGUUGAUGCGUGACAUCCAGACCACAUACUAUCUCGAACCUGCCGGUUCUCACGGCGUCUGGGGUCUUGAUGACUACCAUUUUCUGCCGUUCCUCUUCGGCGCCUCGCAGCUCGUUGCUCACCCCUACAUCACCCCGUUGUCGAUUCACAAUAUGGCGGUGCUCGAGGAAGAAAGUGACAAUUACAUUUACUUGGAUCAGGUGCGGUGGGUGGACAGCGUGAAAACUGUGAAAGGUUUACGCUGGCACAGUCCCAUGCUGGAUGAUAUCUCUGGGGCCAAGAACUGGAGUAAGAUCGAAGGCGGGAUGAAGAAGAUGUUUGUCAAGGAGGUUCUGGGCAAGCUUCCCAUCAUGCAACACUUCCUUUUCGGCAGCUUACUGCCCGCGGCGUCGGGUAUGACGGAGGUCACAGAUGACAUGGAGAGUGAGGAGCACGAUCACGAUCAUGGUCAUAGCCACGAUCACCAGAACCACCUGGAUUGGUUCGGCGAUUGCUGUGGUAUCAAGGUCCCCAGCACGGUUGCUGCGGGAGCCGAGAUGCGGAAACGAGGGGGAGGGUCGGGGCUACGCCCGAUUCCUUUCGAUUAGGGGAGGCCGUGUUUGCGAGAGCAGACGACCCAUGGGCCCAAGAGGGCCAGCAAUGAGACUGCAUCAAUUUCAAUAAUAGCAUGAAACAGCUUGAACCCGCAUAGAACAUUGUACGCCAAUAAUG